GGCGUGACGUCAAAUCAAGUUGUGUUGACAUCAAGCUAACGGCUAUAUACAGGAGAUCCUUGUCGACUUGCUAGCUAGAUCCAACAUUAAUGUUCUGAUGGUGUUAUUCGGAUAUUCGUGGUCUCGCACACAUGCUCGUGGUGUUCUGUGCAUUAGACAUGCAGAACGGAUAUAACGAGAUUGGGUUUGUGCAGCAAAUUCUUAGCUUGAAUUUGGUCCCUAGGAAAAAUGGAACCAAUCGAGGCAACGACACAUCUCUUAGCGACUUCUCAGAGAUGUGGUAUGGAGUCUUCUUGUGGGCUGCUGUCUCUUCACUGGUGUUCCACCUACCUGCUGCUCUCCUGGCCCUCGCCACCCUGCGACAACACAAAAUAGCCCGCUUCAUGCCCAUUGCCAUCAUACUGAUGAGUAUCGUGGGCCCUGUGUGUGGUGGUGUCCUUACCAGUGCCGCCAUUGCUGGGGUGUACAAAGCAGCAGGGAAGAGGAUGAUCUCCUUGGAGGCCUUGGUGUUUGGAGUGGGCCAGUCCUUCUGUGUCCUCAUUAUCUCCUUCUUAAGAGUCCUAGCUACACUCUAGCACUGGGACACAGGAACUCAAGGAGGGAGAGUGGGGGGGGACAUGCAAUCAGCAGGACGGCAUAUGCAAGACAGCUGUUCCUUCAGAGGCCUUAUUUUCUAUAUCUGUUAUCGGAUGACUUUGUUUGAUACAUGAUUAGUUGCCAAAGUGGUAUAUUUCAGGGCUGGCCAGGGGCUCUGUUUUUCUAUGUGUGUUAUUUUUCAUUCAGAUUGUUGUGUGUUGCUCUAUACUCAGAACAAGCCUUCUCAUUCUGCGUGUUAUAGAUGUAUCAUACACAUAGCUGAGAAUGAAACAUUCCAGCAUGCAGGAAAUUUGUGCUCUACAAUUUGGAUGAGUACACUCCAUUUACUGUCUCAAUAGUUCCACAACCUGGUAAAGACAACAAGUCUGAUGUGCAUGCCAUCAGACAAACACUAAAGGAGAGCAUUCUCUGCUCUGUUCCACCACAGACCAAUCAGCUUAAAUACAUUAUCUUGACUGAGGUGUGAUGUAUUCACAAUGAGGCACAGUGCUCGACGAUAUUGAAAUAUCUAAGUCAGACAUAGCUACAACUUAAGCUUUUAUUUCCACGUAUAUAUUUCUCUUUCUCUCUCCAUAUUCCAACUUGGGGUGUGUCUAAUUAUAAUUUUAAAAUAUAUAUAUAUAUUUAAGUCCAUUCCAGCUUCUGUGAGCCUAUGGCAAUAGAGAGAAGUGGAGACAAUGAAGAGAAGGAAAGUUGUAAGUUCCCAAUCUCUUUGUAUAUUGCUGAGCAAAUCAUAGGGAAUAGUGUUGAGUAAUCUCAUAUUUAUUUUAUUUUCCUUAAAUAUCAUUUUUUUCAAUAUUGUUAGGGUAUUUUUAGAUAGUUGAUCCGUGGGUUAUAUCAGUGUAUAUACAAAAUACUUUUUCUGAGUAAAAUCUUUACACAAAACAGUUGCAGACUGUUCUAAGUUCUCUGGUGGCGUCAGUGUGCUUAUAUCAUUUAAUAUCUCUUGAGAACCUUUUCAGCAUUGCUCUUUUUUUGUUAAUGUUCUAUUGGCCUUAAUGAUGUUAAAGGUGUACAGUAUGUAGGAAUAGUGUAAUAUAUUGUUACUUUGGCAUUGAUUAUGCUAAACUAAUAAGAGGCAACCUCACUCUAAACCAUGAAUGUGAAUCAGAUUUCCUUAAAAUUCCUUGUGGAAUUUCUUAAAUCUUUUUAC